AUGCUCUUGGCCGCUACCGCAAUCUUCCUUUACUACACAACAUGGACUCUUCUCAUGCCCUUUGUUGACCCUGGCCACCCUCUCCACGAUCUCUUCCCUCCCCGUGUCUGGGCGAUCCGCAUCCCUGUUUUUCUCACUCUUUUGGGUUCUGCCGUGGUGGGCACAUUCAUAGGGAUUGUGAUGAUCAACAGCAACAAGAAGAAAGCAGCCAAAGCCAAAGCAGCGGCCAAGAAGAAGUGA